AUGAGUGUUCUGAAGUUUUGUGUUUCCCAGGUGGGUGUGGGCCCAGUUCAGAUCGAGAGCACAGCACGUGGCCUGCCCUGCGGGGCCGUCGGUCUUUCUCGACGCGAGAAAGCGAAAGAGCCGUGGCGGUCGCAGGCGCAGAAGGCGGGGGUGCCGCAAAGGCCUGUGGGGGCUGUAGUUCCCCUUCCGGCCGCCGCGAGCGGAGGGGCGGGGCGGGGCGGAGCCUGCGGGCUUUCGCUUUCGGUUGGCGGCGCCCAUGGCUGCGGCGAGGCGGCGGCGGUGGAGGUGCGGGGGGUGCCGCCCGAGGUGGCGGACGAGCUGCUGGUGCUCUACUUUGAGAGCCGGCGGCGCUCGGGCGGGGGGCCGGUGCAGAGCUGCCGUCGGAGGGGCAGCCGCGCCCGCCUGCGCUUCGAGAGCCCCGACGACGCCGAGCGGGUCCUGGCCCGCGGCAGCCACACCCUGCAAGAGGCGCGCCUGACCGUCCCAGCCGCCGCCCCGCGCGACGAGGCCAAGCUGCUCCUGCGCGGCCUGAGCCCCCGGAGCCCCCCGGAGCUGCUCGAGCGCUACGUGGAGGGCCUGCUGGCUGCCCCAGGGGCCAGUGCGUCGUCCGCCGCAGCCCCCGCCGGGGACCAGGCGCUGCUCCAGCUGCCCCAGCCCGUCAGCCACGCAGAGUUCCUGGCUUUGGCAUCGCGUGUGCAGGAUCUGCCCCUGGAGGAGGCCAGCCUGGAGCUGGACUGGGUGGAGCAGACGGACAGCCUCCUGGUGGCUUCUCGUGGGGGCGGGCGGCUCAGCCAGGACCUGCUGGAGCUCUACUUUGAGAGCAGGCGCAGCGAUGGGGGUCCCGUGCAGGCCGUGAGGCUGCUCCAGGGGGGCAAGGUGGCCGUUGUUUCCUUCCAGGACCGUGCAGUGGCGGGGAAAGUGCUGCAGAGAGACCACCAGCUCCAGGGUCACCACUUGGACGUCUCCCCUCACUAUGACUUUCUGGAGCCCCCUGAAGGCGAGGAGGAGGAUGCAGAAGCCACAGCCUCCACAGAGGAUGGUGGGGUCCCUUCUCUCUGCGUGCCCCUCCCGGAAGCAGCCGUGCGGGGCCUGCUGGAGGUGCCGCUUGUUCUGCAGGAGCUGGGAGCCCGGGCCCCCGCGUGUGGCCUUUGCCUGGAGGGAGCAGGGCUGCGCAUCUCGGGGGGGGAUGAAGCCCACCGGCAGCAGUUGCGGGAGUGCAUCGCAGAGGCCUUGCGGGGAGUCGUCCGGGAGCGCCUGCCCUUCUCGGCCUGGGCCCUGGCCUUCCUGCGGCGGGAGGAUGUCAGGCAGCACCUGGCAGAGCUGCUGGAAGAGCAGGGGCUGGGGGCCUGCUACAUCCCUGCUGAGGAGGAGGAGGGGGUGCUGGUGGUGGCCCUGAGGCCCUCUGUGGCCCGCCAGGCAGCAUCCUUCCUGGCCUUGGCGCUGGCCUCCUUCUCCCUGCCCGUGUCGGAGAGGCAGCUCCUGGCCUUGGCCUCACCGCGCUGGACCCAGGUGCAGGCAGGGCUGCGAUGUUGCGCCACGCGCCUGGCGGAGAGUGGUGCGCACUUGGAUGGCCUGACCCUGCAGGGGAUGGAGGAGGAGAACAUGGCGUGCCUGGCGGACUUCCUGCGGGAUGGCGUGCCCGAUGAGGCCGUGGUGGCCAUGGAGGCGGGCACUCUGCGCUUCCUCCAGCUCUACUACCAGGAGAUUUUGGCUGGCAUUGCCAAUGUCACCCUGCUGCCACUGGAGGGCGCUGACAUCACGGGCUUGCGGCUCAGUGGUGAGGCCGGGGCUUGCCGGGCAGCUGCUGAGCUGUUACAGAGCCUGGCAGGGGCCAUCCACACCCAGACCGUGACCCUGCGGCUUCCUGGCAUCUGCCGCUUCCUCCUGGAUGGGCGUGGCCAGGCCAUCGUGCAGAAGCUGGAGAGGCGUUUCCACUGCACCAUCGGGUUGGAGAGGGUCCACUGGAGCCCGCUCCUUUUGCAGCACGAACUGGAAACGUCUCAGAGGCCUCUUGCCCUGAGCUGCCGACGGGAUCCCUCGCCAGAGUCAGAGCAGCCCCAGGCCCUGCACAGCAAAGCCAGCAUGGCCUCUUCUCUCUCUGCAGACGAGAUCAAGGGCUUGCUGGCGGCUCUCCGGCCAACCUGUGAAGGGGAGGCCUGGGCUGCGGGCAGCAACGAGGUGGAGGAAGACCUUUACUCUGCACCGGAGCCAGAAGCGGCGGCGCCCACUGCUGGCGAGGAGGGGCAGGCCGCUGAGGAGAGGCUGGAGGAAGGGCCCCUCCUGUGCCCGCUGGCUGCCGACCCUGGCGAGGGGGUGGCAGAGGAGGCUGAGCUGCUGCUGGCCAUCCAGCAGUCGAUGGACAGUGCCGGGCAGGAGGAGGAGGAGCUGCGGCGGGCCCUGGCGGUCUCUCUCCACUCUUACCAGCAGGAGAGGGCCAGUCCUGACGCUGCCCUGCAGGUGGUGCUGAGCAUCUCUCUGGAGGAGGCCCAGCAGACGGCCGACUCGGCCCAGCUGCUGCUCUGUGCACCUUCGGCGGGGGACGCGGCCUGCCUGGUGCAGGAGCUGGAGGCGGCUCUGCAGGCCCAGCUGCGGGAGGAGACUGUGCACAGCGAAGCCCUCUGCUCCCUGCCCCCCCUCUGCCUGGGGUACCGGACCCACCUGGAGCGCAAGCACGCUGUGAAUAUCUCCCUGGACGGCACUGUGGCCACUGUCCGGGGCUUUGCUGACUACCCCGUGGCAGCCACCCGUGACCUGGCGUUGUUGCUGACCCGGCUGCUGCGGGCAGAGGUGGCCCGGGGGUCUGGGGGCAUCUGCUGGGUCCACUGGGACUCCUCGGGGCAGGGGUCUCCCACCCCGUAUUCUGCAGAAGCCAGCGCUCUGCUGGAGCAGGCCUGGGGCCAAGGGCACAAGCGGGUAGACGUGUUCUUUGAUGGGCAUCCCUUCACCAUUGAUUUUGAGCGCAUGGAGGAGUACGACAUUGGCAGUGCCCAGACUCUGCCCAUUGGCCGUACGGAGCGUCCAGCGGCCGUGCCAGCUCCCCACAGCCCCACCGCCCUGCCAGGCGACGAAGUGAAGCUGAUGUUGCUGCCGGAAAGCUCGGAGGAGUUCCAGGAGACGGUGCGCCGGUUCUAUGGCACCCUGGAGGAGUUCCACAAUAAGAUCCGCAUCGUAAAGGUGCAGAAGCUGUGGCACCCCCUCCUGUACCAGCAGUACCUGCUGAAGAGAGCAGCCAUGGAGAAGGCCUGCGGGCACGGGGAGGUGGAGCGCAUCCUGUACCACGGUACCACCGAGCAGUCCAGUCGCGAGAUCUGCCAGUUCGGCUUCAACCGCAGCUUCUGUGGCAAGAACGCCACACGCUACGGCCAGGGAGUCUACUUUGCUGUGCAGGCCUUCAUUUCGGUGCAGGAGCAGUACUCACCCAGGAGUGCAGACGGCAACAAGUACAUCUUUGUGACACGGACUUUGGUUGGAGACUACACCACCGGCAGCCCACAGCUGCGAGCACCACCCCUGCGGGAAGGAGACGCUGCGUUGCGGCGCUACGACAGUGUGGUGGACAACCUCCAGGCACCCUCCAUCUUCGUCAUCUUUCACGACACACAGGCCUACCCCCAGUACCUGGUCACCUGCCAGCGCUCGAAGCGACGCUGACGGGGAUUGCAGGAUGGAGCAGCUGGCUGCAGAGGGGAGGGCCCUGCUCUCUCUGUCUCGGUGUGUGUGUGUGUGUGCUGUGGUUCUCUUCAGAGUGUCUCUUUCUCAGGUGUACCUCGGUGCCCUUCUGAUCCAAAGUGUCCUUUCUGUGCAGGGAAAGGGAAGGCUCAAGGUGUCUUGACCAGAUGGCCUCUUUUUUGGCCCCUUAUUUUUGAAUUGAUGAAGUUGGGCUCAUGGUGGGGGGGGGGUCUCGAAAGUGGGACAUUGAGGCUCAAACUGCCUCGCUUGUCUUGCCCUGCCUCACUAGCUAUUCUCUCACUGUUUGACUGGGCAGUAACAGGGUGGAGUGGAGGGUUACGGCAGGGGCAGCAAUGUGAAAUCUCAGUGUUCUUCCCCUAAUUUCUGCAUAGCUAGCCAAACAUCACGGCCAAAUUCAAAAGACUGUCUAUGAGGGUGGGGUUUUUUUUGUUUUAUUCUUUGGCACACUGCUGUUCUUUUGCUAGCCCAGUAAAUGGCCUGAAUUCUUCA